AUGACUUCCGAAAAGUCGCCAAUGGCUUCGGAAAAGUCUGCCUCUCGCUUCAUAGAGACUGGUGUUCUCCAACCGCCGAGUCCUACUACUGAUGCUGCUACGCUCAAGAGGCUUGAGGCUGGUGAUCAUGGCGCCGUCAAGACGACGGAGUAUUUCACGAGGAAGAGUCCCCCGUCGAGAUCCGCUCAUAGCUCAUAUUCGGGUACGCCUGUUGCGAUGCAGAUUCCCGACGCCGCGGCUGCGGAUCUGCCUGUUGUCGCGAGGUAUAUCGCCCGUCGCGCAACGCUUCUAGGAUGGUUCGAUGAACCUGCUGCUACUGCCAUCACAAGCGGCUGGUCGUCAACAUGUAUUGCCCUCAAGAAGCUUGAUGGCACAUACAUCUACAACCCAGAUGACCCCAGCCCAGACUUGGCCGCUGCUGUCAAUCGCCUCAAUGAGAGUGCUAUCGUGUCGAUGGCCUCUGAGGUCACCAACUCGGUGCUUGACAGCAUCAAGCCUGACCAGGCGAGUCUUGUGAAUGAAGACACUGGCGCUCGCAUCCCCAUCAUUCCCAGUCUUGCAGAUGUUCAUGAGACACUUGUGAACUUGACAAGUUCAUGCAUUGUUGUUCAAGAACGAUGUGUCCUCAUCUGGGCUCACGAGGCGAGGACUGUUCUUACAGUGGCUCACAAUGUUGAGAAGCAGAUGCUCGGAUUCAUCGUUGGCCCCAACAUGCCUCGUGGUCUUCACGCCCAAACAGAAGAUCAAUCCGUCAAUGGUAUGCCAACUCCCGUCCGCGGUGCCAUUGAUGAGAGAAAUGAGGUUUACCAAGCCGCCAUCAAGGUUGAGGAGGGCGGUGAAGGAGAUGAAGACGUCGAGGGCCAGGAGCUCAAGCGUCCGACUCUUCUUGUUCACUCGUUCCGAAUUGGUAUUGUCAUCUUGCUGGUCAUUCUCACGCAGAGCGUGGGUGUUUCAAGGUUGAUUCGGCAAUGGUCUUGGGAUGGCGAUUUUACGCGCUUUGCCCUGGUUGCUGUCACUCCGCCUCUGUGCGUUUUGUCAUUGUUCUUCUUCAUCGUGGUCGUCAGUAGUGUCUUCCAACUACUUCUGCCCGCUGGAAUCUGCUUGAGGAACUCGAAAUUCCACUCUGCCAUCAAGCCCAACCCUAAGCGCUACAGGGACUACCAACUUCCUCACAUCACCGUUCAGAUGCCUGUCUACAAGGAGGGUCUCCGAGGUGUCAUCGUCCCUACCAUGGUCUCCGUAAUGGCAGCAAUCCAACACUACGAAAACCAAGGCGGAACCGCCUCAGUCUACAUCAACGACGACGGCAUGCAAUGCAUCCAACCCGAGCUCGCUGCCGCCCGCAAGCAAUACUACCGCGAAAACGGCAUCGGCUACUGCGCCCGCCUGCCCAACAAGAAAUCCCCCAAUCCCCAAGGCCGCGCCAACGAACUUGGUUUCGUGCGCAAGGGCAAGUUCAAAAAGGCUAGUAACAUGAAUUAUUGUCUUGCUUUCUCGAACAGAGUUGAAGAUGAGAUGUUGAGACUUACGGAGUUGGAGUGUGAGAGUAGAGGGUGUUCGUAUGAGGAUUUGAGUGCGGAGGAUGAUGAUCGGCUGUAUGACCAGGCGUUGCAGAACAUGGUUGAUGCUGAUGAGGGGAAGACGUGGGCGGAGGGGAAUAUCCGCAUGGGUGAGAUCAUUCUUCUCAUUGACUGCGAUACCCGUGUCCCCAUUGAUUGUCUUCUCUACGGCGCUCUCGAGAUGUACGAAUCUCCUGAAGUCGCUAUCCUCCAGCACGGUUCAGGCGUCAUGCAAGUUGCACAUAACAUCUUUGAGAACGGUAUCACCUACUUCACCGACAUUGUCUACACAGCUAUCAAGUAUGGUGUUGGCACUGGAGACGUCGCGCCGUUUGUUGGUCACAAUGCAUUCUUGAGAUGGAAGGCUAUUCAGAGUGUUGCGUUUGUUGAUCCGUCCGACAAGGUCACUAAGUGGUGGUCUGACUCGCAUGUGUCUGAGGACUUUGAUAUCAGUUUGAGAGUGCAGAUGGCUGGUAUGGUAUGUCGGUUGGCGACAUAUCAUAAUGGUGGCUUUCAGGAAGGUGUAUCGUUGACGGUUUAUGAUGAGUUGAACAGAUGGGAGAAGUAUGCUUAUGGAUGCAACGAGCUUGUCUUCCAUCCUUUCUACAAGUGGCCAUACAAGGGUCCCGUUACUCGACUCUUCCUCCGCUUCCUCUGGAGUAACAUGCCAGUCACCAGCAAGGUCUCCAUUCUGGCCUACAUCUUCACUUACUACGCCAUUGCUGCUGGUAUGCUCCUUACCCUGGUGAACUACGUCCUCGUCGGUCUCUUCUUCCAGGACCUUGACCAGUUCUACACUCCGUCAUGGGGUAUCUGGGUCUCUCUCCUGGUCGUCUUCAACGGCGUCGCCUCCAUCGCCACAAGCAUGACCCGCCACCGUCUCAAAGAAAAGUCUUUCUGGGUCGCCAUCCUCGAAGCCUGCAAAUGGCUUCCCUUUCUUCUUCUCUUCUUUGGCGGCAUCAGUAUCAACUGUGCCAAGGCUCUUCUCUGCCACGCCUUCUCGGUCAACAUUGAGUGGGCAUCGACAUCGAAGGAGCUGGGUCCUACAGGUAUCUACAUCGGCUUGAACAAGAUGAUGCACCGAUUCAAGUGGACGUUCCUUAUCUGCAUCGUUCUUGCAGCUGGUAUGAUGUAUAUGGCUUUUGGUGCGCCCUGGGGUUGGACUAUUGCUCCUGGAAAGUUCUCUGCUGGUACAUAUGCCAUUGUUCCUUUGGCUGUGCAGGUCUCCUGCGCAUUUGCUCUGCCGCUUUUCCUCGGCUUGACUUAA